GCUGGGGGAAAGCAUUGAACUGCGUCAACAAUUGUUUUCAUGAUACACUCGGAUUCUAGCGUCUGUUCAGCAUGACAACAAGGAAAACCCAGGGUUGACUGAGACAGUUGAUAUCCAGCUUCGUAGUACAGGUUCUCCAGGAUGGUCAAUUUUAUCCUGGCCACUACUGAGUGAUUUAUGGCACUGUUCCCGGACGGGACCUUAUUAAGCAACAACAUGGACACAUCCAACUUUGCCCACGUCAUCUUCCAAAAUGUGGGGAAGAGUUACCUGCCACAUGCCGCACUGGAGUGCCACUAUACCCUGACGCAGUUCAUCAAACCAAAUCCAAAGGACUGGGUUGGCAUUUUCAAGGUCGGUUGGAGCACAGCGAGGGACUAUUACACAUUCUUGUGGUCACCUCUUCCUGAAAACUAUGUGGAGGGCACCGCAGUCAACAGAACAGUGGUCUUCCAGGGAUACUAUGUUCCCAACGACGACGGCGAGUUCUACCAGUUCUGUUACGUGACCCACAAAGGUGAGAUACGUGGCGCUAGCACGCCGUUCCUGUUCCGUGCUAACAGCCCUUCAGAGGACGAGCUGCUGACUGUGGAGGAUGAAUGCAACUCUGACAUCCUGGUGGUCACCACCAAGGCCGGGUUCCUCGAGCAAAAGAUGGAAGAAGCCCAGAGAGAGAAAGUAGAGCUGGUCAAAAACAUAGCCCUCCUGCAGCAGGAGAAGGAGCAACUGGAAGCUGAGAAGGAGAGUCUGCAGAAAGAGUGUGAGCAGGAGAAAGAGACUUGUGUCCAGCUGAGAAGAGAGAACCAAGAGGUGCAGAAUUCCUCCCAGGCCUUGCAGGAGGAGAAAGAGGAGGUAAAGAGGAGACUGGAGGAAGCCACAGCCAGAGUCAUUCAGCUGGAGGAGGAUCUGAUCGGUGUCACGCAGAAGGGCCUACAAAAGGAAACUGAGCUGGACAGUCUCAAAGACAGAGUGAAGAAACUUGCAGCUGAGAAGGAGCUCCUUGAAUCUCAUCUCAAGAAUGAGAAGGAUGAGAAGGAACUCUACAAGAUUCACCUGAAAAACCGGGAGCUUGAGAACACUAAGCUGAGUGCAGAGCUGCAGAUGCUGAAGUCUGUGGACGUUAACAAGGAGAACACCAUUGCCCAGUUUAAAGAGGAGGUGGGACGCCUGCAGAUGUGCCUCACUGAGAAGGAGAAACAGUACAGAGAGAUGCUGGCCAAAGUUUCUCCCUUGGGAGACAUGAAGGCCCUGAAGGAGCAGCUACGGCAGAAGGAGGAACAGCUCCAAGCCAACCAGCAGCAGUCCUCCCUGUUGGCCGCAGAGCUGCGCGACGCCUCCAGGACCCGCGACCGUACCAUGUCUGAGCUCUACCACAUGAAGCUGGAGGCCGAUGCCCUUCUCCAGGCCAAGGCCGACGCUCAAGCCCAGUGCGUCCACUUGGAGUGUCUCGUGGAGCAGAUGAAGAUGGAGGCCAAGCAAGAAGCAGAAGCAGCCAAAGCAGAAGAGGAAGCUGCUGCAGACCCAGCUGUCAUGGCAGAACUGCAGCGAGAGGUGGAGGACCUCAAGAUGCGGCUUCACAUGGCUGCAGAACACUACAAGGAGAAAUACAAGGAAUGUCAGCGACUGCAAAAACAAGUCCUUAAGCUCUCUGAGCAGCAAGGGGAGCUGAAGAGAAGCUCAGCACAAGAUGCCACAACUGUGCCUGCAUCUGUGAGUCCAGACACAUCGGUGCCAGGGAGUCCCGGCUCUGCUGAUCCUAUGCUGGAAGCCAUCAUCCAGGAGAAGCUCAAAGGGAUCAGCAGAGAGGCGUCUGACCGAAAUGACAAGUACAGAAAAUGCAAGCAGAUGCUGGUUGAGGAGAAGGAGCGUAGCUGCAUGUUUGCUGAUGAGCUGGCCAAAAUGGAGGUGAAAUUUAAGGAGCAGCUGAGGACCAAUGAAAACCUGAAGCUGCAGCUGGCAGCAGAGGAAGAUCGCUACAAGAGCCAGGUUGCCGAGAAGGGACGGGAGCUGAAGGAACUGAAGGUCACACUAGCACUUGUUGUGAAGGAGAAGGAAAAAGUGGAAGGGGAACUCCAGAAGGGCAGCUGCAGCCGGAAGGGCGACCAGGGGGUUGGUGAGAAAAGCAGCCUGGAGAGCAUCCAGUCCAGCGUGCCUUUAUUCCUGCAGUACCCCGUCCCUUACACUCAGGACGCCCCCACCCCUCUGCUGGUCUCUCAGAGCCCCAGCAAGCUGCAGUUCGGGAACCCUUACUCCAUCUCAGACUCAAAAGAUGAGGCGGAUGAGGAGUUCUCAGAUGACCAGCUGCUGAGGCUGCCCCCCGUGGGCCCGCCCUCUUGGGACAGCAAUGUGGUGUGUAUCCAACCCACCCGCAACCACAGCCGGCCGGAGGGCCACGAGGAGCCCGAGGAAAAGCAAAGCAACAACAACAACAACGCUGAUGCCAACGAACAGCCCACAGCAACUGAAACUCACAGUCCAUUUGUGAACGAUGGACAAACAGCCUUCUGCUUUGAUCCCAGCAUGGACAUGAAGCGAUGUCCGCUGUGCGAGGUUAUCUUCCCACCCAACUAUGACCAGAGCAAGUUCGAGGAGCAUGUGGAGAGCCACUGGAAAAUCUGCCCAAUGUGCAGCGAGCAGUUCCCGCUGGACUGCGACCAGAAAGUGUUUGAGAAUCACGUGCUCACCCACUUCGACAGCCACCCGCUCAACUUCGACUAGAAAAACAGAAAAAAAUCAGCACAUCAGCUCUGCCUACUUCCUGUCAACCACUGAAAAAAAUCACUCUGCACUCUUUUCUGCAUGUAAUGGUGUGAAGAUCCAGUCUCUAGGACCGUACUGACUUUUCCGCUUUGUUACUUCAACUUAGAAACACUUUGAGGUGAAUGGUAUUUUAAUUCAGUUUACAUUGCAGGGCUACUAAAUCUGUUUGCAAAUUAGACAUUUUUUUUUAUAGGUGGAAGAUUUCCCUUCAUUUGGAUCUGGAGAAACACGUAUGGGGAUAAGACUGUUCUGUACGUACAUAUAUUGACUUGGCUCUCACAGAUCUGUUAGACUACAGGAUGUAACGAAUCAGGGAAAGAGAUAAGUGUUUACCAAACUUACAUUUAAAACAUUAAACCCAACCACCACCUCCUUAAACAUCACUGUACAAGUAAUACGCUCAGUCUUUUCAGAAAGCAGUCUUGGUGCACUAUAUGCAGUCAGGGAGAACAUCCAGACAUGAUUAUACAGUAUAUCGAAAGAUCGUCUAUUUUAAGAGUAAUGAAAAGCCAAUGAUAUUGUGAAAGCCUUGAUUCUUUGUGUUUAUUGAUUUGUUCUGUUCCUUUAGUUUUGAUUUUGAUUAUUUAAUUGGGUUAUUGUGUUCGGAAUCCGUAAGAACCUUCGUCAUAUCAUCAGCUGAUCGGUGCAUGCUGAGCUUUCGUUGAACUUCCCCCUCUUUUGUUCUUCUCUUUUAAAACAAUAAGUUAUUUUAUUCAUAGAAAUGUUUCAUUUGUUCAGUGAGUUCCAUGUAUCUAAUAUGUACUAAUAAAGUCUGUUUGAAACAGA